GUGGGGCUACUUAAAAUACUUGGGCCUCAUCUUGGACGGUCGCUGGGAUUUCGAGGAGCACUUCCGGCGCCUGGUACCCCGGAUUGAUAGGGUGGCGGGUGCAUUGCACCGGUUGCUGCCCAACCUGGGGGGCCCUUCGGAGGGAGUUCGCCGUUUAUACGGUGGGGUGGUGCGAUCCGUGGCCCUGUCUGGUGGGGCACCCGUCUGGUCACACCGACUGACGGGCGUCCGGCGUUGCAGAGCCAUGCUCAAUGGCGUGCAGCGCCGCAUGGCCAUAAGGAUCGCACGAGGAUACCGCACCGUAUCCUUUGACGCGGCGACUGUCCUGGCGCGGUUUCCCCCGCUGGACAUUCUGGCGGAGAUGAACGCGCGUAUUUACACGCGCCUCCGCCAGGCGGAAGAAGCUGCGCCGCCGGAAGUGCGGUGGCAGGAGCGCCGACGGGCGUUCGAGGAGUGCCGCGAGAGGCUGGAACAGCCGUGGAUCUCGCGCCAGCGCGCCGUCGGCGCGAUCCUGCCCAACCUCGAAGUCUGGUUGAGCCAGCGAAAGUGUGUCACCACGUUCCGACUGACACAGAUACUCACCGGGCACGGAUGCUUCGCUGCCGAGAGUCCUAAUUUCAAGGCCAUUGAAGGCAUAAAAUACGGUUGA